AUGGCCUUUCGAGUACCCACACAGGCUCCACACCGGAAAACCUCAUACUCAGCCCCCCAACCUCCUCCACUGGAUAUACCUUCCACUGCAAGCGAUCAACAAUCUGAUGAUACCACACAAUGGGUGCUCUUCUCCCCAACGGCCCAAAGUCAUACCACGUCGACGGGCCGUACACGCACCGCCGGCGCUUCACGCCUGAGCGACUUUGGCUCAUUUGGCACUGUAACUAGAUCCGCAGCUGGUGCUGAGGGCGAAACGAUAGUAGAAGAUGCUUUAGAUGACCCACUGGAUGAAGAUGGAACGGAACUUGAUAGCUUGGACGAUGGCUUGAAUGCGUUCCGUGCCCCUUCAGCGGACCCUACAUCCUCCGAACAAGUCGAUCAAGGGCCACUGGCUAUGCUUCCGGCCCAUGAUGGCUUAGGAAGCUUCCAGGCAUCGAGCCAAAUGGUCCAAGACCAAAUCUGGCGAUAUGAACAGUAUAACCCACGGAGGCAAAAUGCCUACGGGCCCCAUCAGCGUCGUCGGUCGAGUGUACAACGAUAUCUAGACACUGUGAAUGAGACAGGUGUGGAUGUGGAGAGAGAUCGCUGGCAAAGGAUCGAACAGUGGCGGAUGGACCAAAAUAGGGCGUUGCUUCAGGAGAUCGAGAGAGAGACUCGUCAACGCCGGAACAGUCGUACCAGCCAAUCAAGUGUACCGCGGUCUGUUGAUUAUACAUCUGCGUCUCGGAUGACUUCAGAGGCAGUGACUCCAACAAAAGGAGAUACAGAAAUAGAGGAGUCCUUCUUGCAGAGAAUCACUCGCAAGGUGAUCCGAGAUCUGAUCGGAAUUGAUGAUUCAUUAUUAUCUGUCAUCUUUGGAGAGUCACUGCCGCAGGACGAGCAAACUCUCUUGGAUGACCCCGAGAAGCUAGACAUGGAGACUGUACUGGCUCGUGAAGCCGAUCCAGAACACCCAGAUGCGCCAAUGUGGCAGAGCCAUGUCCUCCAGCGCAUCGCUCGUGAGCUUGGAAUUUUAGUACACCAACUCUGCGAGCACCCUGGUGCUUUCACCACAUAUCACCAAAUGAUUAAGGACAUCCCAUACGAAUAUAAAACAAUGCCUCACAAUAACUUUGCAGAGAGCGGAGUCUCCCAAAGACAAUCCGAGCCCGCAGACACAACAUCGGCUGAUACGAAUACCGAGUCAAUGUUCUCCCCCGAUUUCAUCCCCACCCUCCAAGAUGCAAAUAAAGAGCACGAGGCAGGAUGGGGAAUUGAAGAUGAGGAACCCGCCCACCAGCAACAAGAACAGGAAUACUGGGAACACGGCUUGGAUGUCAUGAUGGUAUUCCGCUAUCUCCGUACCCGCUUCAGUCGCCGGGGCUAUAUGGCCUCUGAGAAAUACUCUCCAUCUUCCCCACGUCUCACACAAGAUCCCUCCCGCCGUGCAGCAGUCAUACGCCAUCACCACCCCCUGGUGGCGCGAUCCCAUUCUCGCUCCCAACCACAGAGCCGUCUCGCAUCAGGACCUGUAGGCGUCUCGUCACCCCUGAUACGUCCGCAUCUCCGUCGGUCAAGCUCCAGCUGUGCCAGCCAAAGUGCCAAAUUGUCGGCUAUUUCUAGUCGGCGUACAGUGACAAGCUCUAGCAGAAACUACUGGGACAUUGGUGGUAGUGUCGAGAGUAGCAGUGCCAUUGGUGUCGGAGCUGGACUCGGUGCCUGGGGUGAAGUGUGA